AUCACACAUCUGGUCACACUGACGAACAGCUGUUUUCUCAACUGCCAAACGCUUGUGUUCCAAAUUUUACGUAAUUCGUAUUUGGAAGCCGAUAUUGUGAUCACUCCAGACCGCUUAGCGAAAUGUCGGCCCUCCGCCAAGUGAUGUGCAGAGGCACCGCCUCCCUGCAGCUGUAUCAGGCCAAUAAGUUGGCCGCCGCCCGCUGGGCAUCUGCAUCCUCAGCCCCGCAGGACAGCGGUCCACUGGACCCCAAAACGGCCCUGGCUAGGCCCGAGGAGCUGGACCAGCGCAACAAGCUGAGCGGCAAGAUCACCGUGCCCACGGCCGUCAAUCUGGGCCCCAUUUCUGGCGUGCCCGAGGAGCAUCUGAAGGAGCGGCGCGUACGCAUCCAUAUUCCGCCCAAGAACGCCAUGCAGAGCGGCACGGACAACAUUAACACCUGGCAGAUCGAGUUCGACAACCGCGAGCGCUGGGAGAACCCGCUCAUGGGCUGGGCCUCCAGCGGCGAUCCACUGUCCAACAUGAACGUGCAGUUCGGAUCCCCGGAGGAGGCCAUCACCUACUGCGAGCGCAACGGCUGGCGCUGGUACGUCGACGGCGCCGAGAAGCCCAAAAAGGAGCGCGUCAAGAACUACGGCAUCAACUUUGCCUGGAAUAAGCGCACGCGCGUCUCCACCAAGUAGGAGGCUCCAUUCGAGAGCUAGCCAGGAUCAUAGACAACAAUUCAACUAUUUUUUUUUUUUGCUUUGUUCAUUAUCUGAAUACCUAAAUAAACAGUCGGCUGGACUAGGAAUUACUCUAA